AUGAACUUGCUGAAGGCUUCAUGGGAUGGGGCCUCAACUGCCUCCAAAGUCCUGUGUGUCCUUAGCAGAAAGACUGAAAGAAAACAACAUUGUUAUUUCUUUCUAUGCAGGUGUGAAAGUAAAGAGCUUGAUGUUGAAAUAAGGAACUUGAUAGAGAAGAACAACACUUCCCAGUUUUGUGAGGACCCCAAACCUAUUGCCCAAGAGAGUCCAAACCCUCAGAGAACUUUGUGUUCCUUUAAGACCCAGAGUGAAGCAAAUGCUCAAGGCCAUCUUGAAUGCAUGUGGACAGGUGUGAGUGACAUGGAAGCCUCAGCAGACCCAUUGGAAGCAAGGCACGUGUUAUUAACCAAAAAGAAAACACUAUCAACCAGUUGUCUGGAACAACAGAUCCUCUCACUGGAAAGACAGAGACAAGAGCUUCUGGAGGUGAACAAGCAAUGGGAUCGUCAAUUUAGGAGUAUGAAACAGCUUUAUGUAAAACAGCUGGCAGAAAUGAAAGCAAAACUGGACAUGUCAGAGAGGAGAGUGGGUGAACUGGAGGAAGAGAGACACCGACAGCAUCCAGAAGAUGGGAGGUUGCAAGCCCUGGGCAGAGAGAGGCCGUUGCAGGAAACGAAAGAAAUCAAAGUCCUUAGUGAAGCUCUGCUUGAAAUAAGGGAAGAGAACAAGCUCCUGAAGCAGCAGAAUGCCUCAAUGAUCAGAAAGAAGGAACACUAUGAGUGUGAAAUAAGUCGUCUCAAUGAGGCCCUUAUGGAUGCAUUGAAAAAGCAACAUAUGCCUGUCCUUCAGACUUCAGAGAAGGGUGACAGGAACAGCCUUGAGGACAUGAGAACUCAACUUGAAGUUCUCAGACAGCAGGUACAAAUAUAUGAAGAAGAUUUCAGAAAGGAGAGGUCUGACAGAGAAAGACUUAGUGAGGAGAAAGAAGCAUUGCAGAAAAUUAACAAGAGAUUACAGUCUCAACUGAAUAAACUAAACUCUCAGACCAAAGACCUCUCGUUGCAGUCUGAGAGGCCCAGCUACCCGCCUCCCCUCUUCAUCUCACCAUGUGCUAAUCAUGGGAGUUGUGGGUUGGUUCUUCACUAUCAAGAUCCUCAAGUACAUCCAGCGUCUCGCGGGGCUCCUGAGCACCAACCGCACUCACCAGACUAUCAGUGGUAUGUUCCUGACCAGUUUCCGCCAGAUGUGCAGCACAAGGCAAAUGAUUCAUCUUUGGAGAAGGGAGCCCAUCGUUGACAGCCUGUGACCUGGAGAUGUGUAGACCAAAGGCUGCAAGCUAGUCUUGCAACUUCAUUGUUUUGUUUU